UGGCGACGGGGAAGCUUUGCUCCGCCGCUCAUCUGCUUAUCAACUCGAAGUAGGCUGUUACCUUUACGUUACUUGAUUAUCUUCUAGCGUUAAAAUGUUUGCUUUUAAGGACACUAUAGUUUCUGGAUGUAACCAAGCUCUGCCGUCGCUGCCCAAUAAUAUUUCUGAAAAUGGGAUACGCUGAGAGUAACAUUACCAUGGAAUCGAGAAUAGGGAGUGUGUCAUCUGGAGUGGGCUGCAGUGUGAGAGGACAGACUUUCAAAAGUAACCCUUUCUGCCCUCGCUCCUCCAGCAAGUUGACACAGUCCAUCGUAAAGGACCACAUGGUGUCUCAUUACAAAAAGGUUUACUCAGCUAAAGCUGCCAUUGAUGCCUCAGUACCCAAAAGCCUGAUACACAGUGUAAAGUACAAUGACCAGAUCAGACAGGAGCGGUUGAAGAGGGGGGGUCGUCCUCGGUCAGCCAGCUCUCUCUCCCAGAGGAACAGCAGAGCCUCCUGCUCAUCUGCCCAGAGUAGAUUAUCUGUGCAGUAUGAUGACAGCCCUUACCUCUGCUCAAGGAGUUCCUCAGUAUCCAGCCCAGGGUUCAGCUCCUCCUUCCAUGCCAAGGAGAUAGUUUAUCCAUCAUAUAAAGUCAACAAUCUCUCUCAUCACAUACGGCCAGCAUCAGAAAGAAAAUACCGUAGUCCUGAGGCAACUUCACACAGAAAGCAGUCAGUGUGUUCACUGGGAGCUUCAGGAGACCACAGUCCCUACAAGUCUUUCCAGGACCCUGUUCAGAAGACUUACGGCGGAGACUUGCUCCAGAAACAUUCACAGCACUUUACCCAAGACAAACCCUUCACCCCGAAGACACUGAAGUCAGAAAAGAGUUCAUACCUAUCACAAUAUCGCUACUACAGAGCACCCCAGAGGAAAACCACUCAGGAUAGCACCAGCUCAAAAUUAAUGUGCCAGGAGACAUAUCAUGGAAGCACAAAGCCCAAGGAAUACACGCAGGAAUUCUAUGAGCCAUUUCAGGGAUUUAAUACAGAGCAUGAGUGGUCCGAAGAAGAAGUCAAUGGCACAUAUUUCUCUGCGUCGGGACAACAGAGUCGAGCACACAAGAGCAGAGACCAUGAUAUCUUUGACUCCUCAUCCAGGAGCUCACUGGAGGGCGAUAAAUCUUCCAUCAUAAAAGGUUUUUCUACAGAGGAAGAAGAAUUAAUGUACCUCGAAUUCAUUUCUGCUGUAACAGAGGAUAUAUUGUCCAAGGGUCACAUAUCUGACAGGUUCCUAGACCAGGUGAUGAAACGCCAUAUCGACAUGAAUCGCCAUCAGCUUGAUGUGGGUAAAAUGCGCCACCUUCUGGAAGUGCUGCGUAAAGAGUUUGAAGAGCCAUCCAACUUAUUCACCUCAAGUACCGAGCUAGAAAAAAAGAAGAAUGAUCUGGUUGACUCAUUCUUGCCAUCUGUUGGAUCAGGAGGGAAACAAGAAAAGACCAAAACGUACGAUGACCUGGUCUCCUAUGCAUCACUCAUUAAAUCUUGCGAUUUGCCAGAUUAUGCUGAUCCCCUGUUGGUGUCAACACCCUUAUGCUCUCCUGGAACGACUGUCGCCUCAGCAGCUGAAACAAACGAAAAGGAUGAAGAAGUUCACAAUCAGGAAGAAGGCAAUUGCUCUCCUUGUCUCAGUGACCAUGUUUCUAAUACUAUGAAAAUCAGCGAAGAAGUCCAUCAAAAUCAAACAGGCGCUACUGAGACAAUCAAAGAAGACACCAAUGAAAACCAUGAAUCUACCACCACUGACAGACACCAAGAUGAAGUCAGUUAUGAUGGACAAUCUAAAGAACUUGAGGAUCUGGGGAGAAGUUUGUCAGAGUCGCUUCAUGUUUCCAGCAAUAAACACCACAGCGAUGAGGAGACUGCCACUGAGCAACAUGCACAUUCAGUUGCUUCUGUUAGUGAUGACGAGUUCUGAGUUUCAGCUGUAUUCUAGGAUUGAAUUCCCUUUUCAUAUUCUUGUUAACAAGUCAGUGUUUUUUCCAGAGAGAAAUUUAAUAUUUGAAUUUUCUGAAAGUAUAGUUUUGUAUUUAUGAUUCAUGUGUUGUGUUGUCAAACAUUUUUACAAGCCUCACCAAAAAUGGUGUUGUUAUAUUCAGAAUUUUUUUAAUCUUUUUUUUUUACAAAAACAAACAGGUUUGCAAGUAGAGACAUGAAUUUCUCAUUUGGGAUAUUUUAAAGUGGCCACUUACUGGCCGUAGUGGUUUAUCUUCAAUUGACCCUCAGACGAAUGCUUUAAUGUUCUAGAUGGUUGCCCUGUAGUAUCUAGUAAGAUUAGCAAAUGUAGCCCAUAGCACUGAUGUCAGAUGUGUGAAAUUAGUGGUUUUAUUUUUGAUUGAGUCGAUUGCAGAGUAUACAUAGUCUAAAUGUAGCUACUGUUUAUAUUUGUUGAUUUCCCUCCCAAAAAACAACACUUUUCUUGUUAAAAAAAACAAACAUUUUCCAGUGUGUUUGACUUGACAUAUGCCUCACAGAUGUAGCAACUAGGAGUUGAUUGUCACCGGAAAGUGUCUUUACAAUUGCAAUAAAUGUCUAUUCUUCCA